UAAUAAUCCUCUUCUCUCUUUCUCUCUCUCUAUUACCAGUUCUGGUUUUCUUCUUCUUGUUUCAGAUCUUUUAGAUUUUCUCUCUCUAAAAAAACCCUUUUUUCCAUUAAAAGAGAGAAACGAAGUAAGAGAAAGAGAGUGAGACAACAUUAACCUAUAUCUAUAUAUAUAAGUAUGAUGCCUCAACAGACGAACGGUGCAGAUUCACAGCAACAACAGCAGCAGCAAUGGAUGGCUAUGCAAUAUCCAGCAGCAACAAUGGUGAUGCAACAUCCUCAUCAUCACCAGAUGAUGUCUCAUCAACCUUUUCCACCUCAGAGUUUUAUUCCUUAUCCUACAAUACCACAUCAUCAACAACAACAACAAUCACAACAAGGAUCUUCGGAAGAGAAUAGAACAAUCUGGGUUGGUGAUCUUCAUUAUUGGAUGGAAGAGAAUUAUCUUAAUAGCUGCUUCGCUCAUACCGGAGAGGUUGCGUCCAUUAAGGUCAUUCGAAAUAAGCAAACCGGUCAGUCCGAAGGAUAUGGGUUUGUUGAGUUCUGUACACGUGCAGCAGCUGAGAAAGUUUUGCAGACCUAUAAUGGUUCUGCUAUGCCAAAUGCAGAACAACCUUUUAGAUUGAACUGGGCCUCCUUUAGCAUGGGAGAUAAGCGUUCAGAUGUUGGUUCAGACCGUUCUAUAUUUGUAGGAGAUUUGGCUUCUGAUGUUACAGACACAUUAUUGCAAGAAACUUUUGCAAGUAGAUACCCAUCCGUUAAAGGGGCAAAAGUUGUCAUAGAUGCAAAUACUGGACGUUCUAAAGGUUAUGGUUUUGUUAGAUUCGGUGAUGAUAACGAGAGGACACAGGCAAUUACAGAAAUGAAUGGUGUUUAUUGUUCUAGUAGGCCGAUGCGUGUAGGUGUUGCAACCCCAAGGAAAUCAACUGGGUUCCAGCAAAUGUCAUCUCAAGGUGGAAAUGCUUCAGCUCAGGGAUCUCAAUCCGAGGAGGAUUCUACUAACACAACAAUAUUUGUAGGAGGGCUUGACCCAAGUAUAACAGAUGAAGAACUCAGGCAGCCAUUUUCUCAACAUGGUGAGAUAUCCUCUGUUAAAAUCCCUGUUGGAAAAGGCUGUGGAUUCGUACAAUUUGCUAACAGAAGUAAUGCCGAAGAAGCACUCGAGCGAUUGAACGGGACAGUCAUUGGUAAGCAGACUGUCCGCCUUUCUUGGGGGCGUAAUCCUGCAAACAAGCAGAGAGGGGAUGCUGGGAAUCACUGGAACGGAGGAGCAGGAUUCUAUGGAGGACAGGGCUAUGAUUAUGGUUAUGCUGUGGCACCACCUCAGGAUCAGGCCAUGCAUGCAGCUGCUGCUUAUGGAGCUUAUCCAAUGUAUGGAAACCACCAGCAGCAAGUAAGCUAAAGUGCUGGAUCCCAGCUUCUUAGAUGUAGUGGCACAACAUAAUCAAAGCUAGAAAGGCACACUUAAGCAUCAUUAAUGUGGCUUAUCGGAUUUCAUUUUCUCCUCUUUUUUCUUAUUUUUUUUCAUUGCGAACUCUCGCACUCCCUAAAUUUGAAUUUUGCCUCUAGGAUUCAUUAUCUUCUUAUUGACAUUUAUCUUGUGAAUGUCUUGGCGGAGGAA